AGGAAAAAAAAAAAAAAAAAAAAAAAAGAAGAAGAAGACGAAAUUGGAAAACCCACUGUCAACUCUCAGGAACAAUCAAAUCGAACGAGAAUCAAUCCAAGAGCAAAAUUAUAGUCUGUUCACUUGUGUUUUCUGUGUUUCAAAUUCUCCGAUUUAACUCUGCGAGAGUCUUUCCUCUUCGAUCGGUAUAUCCGACUUCACCGAUUACUCAAUUGUUGGACACAGGGUUUGCUGCCAUGAUGUUUUUGACGGUUGAUGCCAGAUAAAUGGUAAACAGUACUGUGGAAGUUUUACUUGGCUUGUUGGGUCUCUCCGACAUGAGAAAAUUACAUGACUAAUUGAAGCCGAGGCUAUUACUGAUAAGGAGGAAUGGAGAUUUUAUUACUAAAAGUGCUUCUCAACAACAUCUCCAGCUUUUUCCAUUUAUCAUCACUGGAGAACAUAAAUUCUGAACUGGUGCAUAAAUAUUACCAGAAGACUGAAGAUAUACUGAAGCUCCUACAGCCAAUUCUCAGUGGUAUUGUUGACGCUGAAAUAGCUUCUGAUGAACUGCUUCAAAAGGUAUUUUCAGGACUGGGCCAUUCAGUUGAUGAGCUGAGGGAGCUGUUUCAGACCUGGCAGCUGUUGAGCAGUAAAGUUUAUUUUGUUCUGCAAGCUGAAUCAUUAAUUGCAAAAGUUCGAGCUUUCAGCCUGAAGAUUGUUGAGCUACUUGUAUCUUCUGAUUGGUGUCUUCCUGCUGAAUCAAGUUUGACAUCUCUUGAGAACUGUGUACUGAAAAUCAAGUCUAUGGAUUAUGAAUUAUUAUCAGCAACCAUCACAAAAGCCAUAAAAAAUCACGUGGAAGGUUCUGGAGCUAGCUCAGAUAGCCUUACAAAAAUUGCAGACUGCCUGAGCUUAAAGUCAAACCAGGAGCUCCUUAUUGAGCUAGUGGCCCUUGAAAAAUUGAAGGAGAAUGCUGAACAAGCUGAAAAGAAUGAGGAGGUUGAAUAUAUUGAACAAAUUAUUGCUCUUGUUACUCAUAUGCAUGACUGCCUCAUUAUGAUGAAACAGUCCGAGAGUUGUACCUCCGUGCAGAUACCUGCUGAUUUCUGUUGUCCUCUCUCACUUGAGCUCAUGACAGACCCUGUAAUUGUUGCAUCUGGACAAACAUAUGAACGGAACUUUAUUCGAAGAUGGAUUGAUCUUGGCCUCACUGUUUGCCCUAAGACAAGACAAACUCUGACCCACACAAAUCUGAUUCCUAAUUACACUGUUAAGGCGUUGAUUGCAAAUUGGUGCGAAAUGAACAAUAUAAAGCUGCCGGAUCCAAUAAAGUCUUUGAACGUGAACCAACCUUCAUCACAUGUAGCUCAUGUGGAUUCCGGUGCACCCAGGGAUAUCCAUAUCUUCUCUCAUUCAAGAGCCAAUAACUCCACAUCACCUGACUCAGCUCACGGUUUAGACUCCCCUAGGAAAAGUUCAAUCUCAUCUAGUGCAAUUCAAAGAGAGGAGUCAUCUCCGUCUCAUCCCCGUUCAUCAUCGGAGGAAUCUCUGCCUGAAAUUGCAGGUGAUGAUCUGGGGUUGGAUGUUGAGAGGAUGUCUCUUGAGGGUUCUGAAGACAGAUUGGCAAACUCAGGGGAUAGGAGCAUGAACUCUGUCAGUCAUUUCUCUAUGCCACUAUCCAUGAAUAGCGUGUCAUCUGCUGAUGAAAACUCCCAUCAGGGCCAUAAUCGAACUACCUCUGCACCAAGUACGCUCUCUAAUUCAAACUUUUCACGUGCAAAUGCUCAUGAUGGAAAUGAAGUGUCUUCACCCACAACAGCUUCUACUGAAGCUUCCAUGGAGGUUGCAUCAGAAUCCCGGCAUGCUGCAACCUUGGCUGCUUCAAGGAGAGAGUCCGAGUUUCCAUCCCCAGUUGGGACAAGACUUCGUCCUCCAGCGAUCUGGCGCAGACCAUCUGAGAGAUUAGUUUCAAGAAUAGUUUCUUCCCCUACUGUUGAAACAAGGGCUGAUCUUGCAGAAGUUAAGGAGCAAGUUAGAAAACUGGUUGAGGACUUGAAGAGCACUUCCGUUGAUCAACAGAGAAUUGCAACAGCUGAACUCCGGUUACUUGCCAAACAUAAUAUGGACAACCGGAUUGUGAUUUCAAAUUGUGGUGCUAUCAGCUUGUUGGUUAACCUACUGCAUUCAGAAGACAUGGAAGUACAGGAAAAUGCUGUCACAGCACUUCUAAACCUGUCAAUUAAUGAUAACAACAAGUCUGCAAUUGCAAAUGCUGGUGCAAUUGAACCUCUGAUUUAUGUACUUGAGACCGGGAGCCCUGAGGCCAAGGAAAACUCUGCUGCCACUCUUUUUAGCCUCUCUGUUAUCGAGGAUAACAAGAUUAAGAUUGGCAGGUCUGGGGCAGUACAGUCUCUUGUUGAUUUACUGGGAAAUGGAACUCCUAGAGGCAAGAAAGAUGCAGCAACCGCUUUGUUUAACCUGUCAAUACUUCAUGAAAACAAGGGCCGCAUUGUGCAGGCAGGUGCAGUCAGGCAUCUUGUAGAGUUGAUGGACCCUGCUGCUGGAAUGGUUGACAAAGCAGUUGCUGUUUUGUCAAAUCUUGCUACCAUUCAAGAGGGAAGAAUGUCAAUUGGUCAGGAAGGAGGUAUUCCUAUUCUAGUUGAGGUUGUGGAGUUGGGAUCUGCAAGAGGUAAGGAGAAUGCAGCAGCUGCUCUCCUGCAAUUGUGCACAAACAGUAGUAGGUACUGCAAUAUGGUUCUCCAGCAUGGAGCUGUCCCUCCAUUAGUAGCAUUAUCCCAGUCUGGCACACCCAGAGCGAGAGAAAAGGCUCAGGCACUUCUCAGCUACUUCAGAAACCAACGUCAUGGUAAUGCAGGCAGGGGCUGAUAUUGUAGUUUGAGCUCUAAAGCACAUACUGAUGUUUAGGUAAGAGAUUGUAUGGUGUGUGUAAAUCUCAAGUUAGGAAUAAUUUAAACAGAGGUCGUAUUUCAUUACCUAAGCAGAUACAUGGGAUCAGGAAAAAAAAAAUGAGCUAUAGUCUUACAGAGAGAGACUUUAUUGAGUCCAUCUAAAAAACCUUUAUUGGUGAAUGUGGAGGGAAUUUUUAUAGCAGUAAGAUUAAACUUUGUUUAGUUUCAGUACAGAAAGUUGUAUGUAUUUUUCUCUGUUUUAUUUAUCAAAUCUUAUGCUUUUGUGGCAAUAACUGAACAUCUAAGAUAUCUGUCUGUGCACCACAGAAAUUUGUUUAUGCUAUGCAGUUUGCCUCAUUGCCAUUGUUCAA